AGCCACUUCCUGCAUCCUGCAGCUUUGUUCUGUUUUCUUCAGUCCAACAUCUGCUGGUACAGUAGCAGCAGUUUCAGUUUUUUAUUUUGCUUAUUUGAACCACACAGGCAAAAUGAAGGUGGCAGCCUUUAACGCCAAGAACCUUGGACAGAAAAAAGUCACAGACAAGAAUGUCAUCCACUACCUCACCAAGAUCAUGUCUCGGUACAGUGUGGUGGUGAUACUAGAGGUGGUGGAUAAGAGCGGCAAAGCCAUGAAGAAGUUACUCCAAGAACUCAACAGCACUGCUGAUAACAGACAGCGUCCCUACUCCAUGAUCUCCAGCCGCCAGCUGGGACGGGACACAUACAAGGAGCAGUUUGUUUGUUUCUACAGGGAGGAAGAGCUGAAGCUAAAAGCCUGCCACCAGUAUGAAGAUAACCAAGCUGGAGACGAAGACGCCUUCGCUAGAGAGCCCUUCAUCCUGCACUUCAGCUGCCCCACUGCAGCUGUGAAAAACCUGGUCCUGAUCCCAGUUCACACCAAACCAGAAGACUCUGAGAAGGAGCUGGACGAGCUGCACGAUGUGGUCGAUGCUGUCAGGAGGAAAUGGAAAACUGAUAACAUCAUGAUUCUGGGGGACUUCAAUGCAGAUGGGCGAUAUUUGUCCAAGAAGAAGAAGAGAGAUAUCCGCAUUAACUCUGCUCCCUACCACUGGUUGAUAGAAGACGAUGUGGACACCACGACUAGCAACCAGAAUGACAACACCUACGACAGGAUCGUGGUGUACGGACAGACCAUGCUGAACGCCAUCGUCCCCGGCUCGGCCAAACCUUUCAACUUCCAGAGAGAGUUCAAGCUGAGCGAUAAGGAAACUCUCAGCAUCAGCGACCACUAUCCUGUGGAGGUGGAGCUGAAGACCAGCCAGAGGGAUGAAGCACCGAGGAAGAGGAGGAUGGCUGUUCCCAGAACAACAAACAGGACUUCCAUCAAAGGACAAACUCAGAAGAAAGUACCACAGAAGAAGAAGAAGGCCAAGCUGGCAGGACCACAGAAGAAGGAGAACGCAGCAGCAAAAAGGAAACGUGGAUGGCCAUUAGCUACGUCCAACAAACUGACGAAGAGAAGAUAUCAGGACAAACCUUAAACAGCCUGAACUACCAAAUGUAAAAGCCCAUAUUACAUCUAUAUUAAAUAUGAAAUAAUGCA